GACGCCUGUUAAUGAAAGUGAUGUUGACAUCUCGUCCUCUUCUUUCCCAGGAUGCAUCAGUGCUGGCUGUCAGACAGAACAGAGAGAAAGUGGUAGAGAAGCUGACGGCAGCCAUCUUGGAUCUGGUGGACCUGUACUGCAGCACGUUCAACGCCAACUUCCAGCCACUGGCGCCGAGCCGCGGCGGCACGGCGCCGCUGCAGGAGGCGGGAACCGUCACCAACGUGCUGUCAUUCAACGUGCACGCCGCUCACCGCAUCCCCAUCACCUGGGCCGCCAG